AAUAUACUUGGAAAAGUCUCGAAAAAGGACCCGACUCGAUCCGGUUGAUCCAGAAGGAUCUCGCCGCCUCGCAGAUCUAUAUUUACUGUCUCAUCCGUGAGAGAGACAGUAAGUAGCAGUCUUCUGAGUUAAACAUAAGGAUAGAAUAAACAGACAAAUCAACCAAAUGGCGAUGAGAGCUGGGGUACGCCGACUCAACCUGACAAGCUCGAUGGAGUCAACUCGUGGAGCAACUCGCUACUUCAGCGACGGCAAAGGCCGUGUCUUGAGCGAGGAGGAACGCGCUGCUGAGAAUAUUUACAUUCAGAAAAUGGAGAGGGAGAGGCUGGAGAAGCUAAAGCAGAAGGCUGAGAAAGAGAAGUUGGAGAAAGAUAAACAGGGUUCUGAUAAGAAAGCUGAAGGCUAAAUCUGAAUCUGACGCUCUGCUUGGAAGCGAUUAUCAGAAAUAAAAGUAUGACUUUUGGUGAGAUCGGGUCUUCUAUUUAGAAUGGUGCUCAUGCCAGUAUCUUCUCUCAUUAAAAAUCAUAGACAUGGCUGUGUUAUUUGUUCUUAAUCUAUGAAAAAGAUGUUUAACGCACUUUAUAAUAAGCUUCCUGGAUAUCUAAUUGUUUUUGUCA